CAAAAAAAAAAAAAACAUAAAAAAUAAUGAGGAAGAAGGAGAAGAAGUGAAGAACACGCGGUUGAUCCAACCAGCAACAGUAAUUGUGGGUUGAUACCAGAAACCCGAGUCCAUUCAAAUAAAAGCAGACUGGGCAUUUUCUGCAGGCACACACACAGAAAAAGAGGAGGGAGAGAGAGAGAAUUGGGAGGGAAAGUAAAAAGAGAGAAAAAAAAAAAAAAAAACCACAGGGGCUUCUGCGCCAUUCAUCUGAUGCUUCCUCUUGUCUGUUGAUACUGUGUCUUGUUGGAGGCUUGGAACUAGUGUUCGGUAUUAUUUGAAUUAAAAAGAUGGAGGAAAAUCACGAGGAUGUAGAAGAUGUUGGGGACUCUUCUAGUGAUUCUUUUAUUGAUGACUCGGAAGAUGAUGGACCAUCCACAUCGGGCCGGGAUGACGAUGAGUUGCAGAUGGAGGCACCUUUAGCUGAGGAAGAAAUAGAGGAGAUUAUCGCUGAGCUCUUGGAAGUUGAGAGUAAGGCUGCAGAGGCUCAAGAAACACUUGAGAAGGAGUCUCUUGCCAAAGUAGAGGGUGAAGUUAGAGAGGAACUGGCACAAACUCUGAACGGUGAUGAAUUGGAAACAGCUGUUGCAGAUGAAAUGGCUACUUUUAUAGAAGAGUGGGAAGCUCUUCUCGACAAGCUUGAGACUGAGAGUGCUCAUUUACAGGAACAACUUGAUGGUGCUGGCAUUGAGCUACCAAGCCUUUAUAAGUGGAUUGAAAGUCAGGCUCCUACUAGCUGCAGCACUGACGCUUGGCAAAAACGGAUACACUGGAUAGGAUCUCAGGUGACUUGUGAUCUCACCGAGUCAAAAGCUCAUGCUGAGGAGUUUUUGCAAAGCCACAGACCUGUAAGAAGACGACAUGGUAAGCUAUUGGAGGAGGGUGCUAGUGGGUUUUUGCAGAAGAAAUUAACUGUAGAUGGGAGCAACGACGAUGUAACAGACAAUUCAGAAGUUGAUUGGAGUUCUCUGAACAAAUUAUUUUCCGAAGGGACCUCUAAGGACUGUGCUUCAUUUGGAAGCAAGAGUUGGGCUUCUGUUUACUUGGCCAGUACGCCACAACAAGCUGCAGAAAUGGGUCUCAAAUUUCCUGGUGUUAAUGAGGUAGAGGAGAUUGAUGAUAUUGAUGGCGAUUCCACUGAUCCAUUUGUUGCAGCUGCUGUUGCAAAUGAAAAAGAACUUGCUCUUUCUGAAGAACAGAACAAAAAUUAUAGGAAGGUCAAAGAAGAAGAUGAUGCAAAUUUUGACCGGAAGCUUCAAAAACAUUUGAAACGGAGGAGAUAUAGGAAGAGCCGUAAACAGGGAUUUAGCCGAAAAGAUUUUGGUUUAGUUGAUGAGCUGAUAGAAAGUGACAUAAACAAGUCCCCGGCUCUAGUUGGCUGUUCUGCCUCGGUUCCAAAUGACAAUGAGAGCGGAAUUGCUUGCCAUAAUUCAAAAACUGAUUUUCCUGAUGGUUUUGAAACAUCCAAUGUAGACAAGGGAAUCUCAAUGAGUAAUGGCACUUUUCUACCUCCUGAGUCUGCUUUGCCUGAUUCCAAUGAACCCAGAGGGUCCAAGCACAAGCUUGAGACUGAGGAACCAGAUAUUGAGAAUAAGAGAAGUCGAACUGUUGUACGUGACAAUGACGAUGAAUCUACAGUUAAAGUAGAGGAUCAAGCAGAUUUGAAGGAAAAUGCUGGUGAAUUUGGAGCUGAUAAUCUGAAUGAAAAGUUUCACUGUACUGCUUGUAAUAAGAUUGCUGUUAAGGUGCACCCGCAUCCACUUCUGAAAGUGAUCGUUUGUGCUGAUUGCAAAGCCAUAAUGGAAGAAAAGAUGAGGGUUAUGGAUCCUGAUUGCGCUGAGUGUUAUUGUGGAUGGUGUGGAAGAAGCACUGAUUUAGUAAAUUGUAAAUCAUGCAAGAUGUUCUUUUGUAUGAUCUGUAUAAAGGGGAACAUUGGUACAGAAUGUUUGUCUGAGGUCCAGAACGCCAGCUGGCAAUGUUGUUGUUGUUGUCGACCAGGUCUUCUGCAAAAGUUGACAUUAGAACUCGAGAAGGCAAUGGUUGUUGAAAGAUCGAUUGAUUCUAGCUCCGAAAGUGAUUCAGACAAUUCUGAUGCAGACGUGGAUGUUGCUCUCAGCUCUAAGAGAAAAAGAAAGAAGAAAAUUCGAAGGAUCCUUGAUGAUGCUGAAUUGGGAGAAGAGACCAAACGAAAAAUUGCGAUUGAAAAGGAACGUCAAGAACGCUUGAAGUCUUUGCAGGUGCAGUUUUCUUCCGGAUCCAAGGUUAUGAGCUCUGCAGGCUUUAAUGGGAAUUUAUCAGAAGAUGCUAGCACUGAAGUACUUGGUGAUGCGUCAAAGGGUUAUAUUGUGAAUGUUGUGAGGGAGAAAGGUGAAGAAGCUGUCAGAAUUCCUCCAAGCAUUUCGGCAAAACUGAAAGUCCAUCAGAUUGCUGGGAUAAGAUUUAUGUGGGAAAAUAUUAUACAGUCAGUCAGAAAAGUGAAGUCCGGUGAUAGAGGUCUUGGUUGCAUUCUAGCUCAUACAAUGGGCCUUGGUAAAACUUUGCAGGUCAUAGCUCUUUUGUACACUGCAAUGAGAUGUGUAGAUUUGGGAUUAAGAACUGUACUUAUUGUCGUGCCUGUGAAUGUGCUGCAUAAUUGGAGGAAAGAGUUCUUGAAAUGGAAACCUUCAGAAGUAAAGCCGCUCCGCGUCUUCAUGCUAGAAGAUGUAUCAAGGGAGAGAAGAGGAGAAUUACUUGCAAAAUGGAGAGCUAAGGGCGGUGUAUUCUUGAUUGGCUACGCUGCUUUUCGAAACUUAUCUUUUGGAAAGAAUGUGAAGGACCGGAACAUGGCUAGGGAAAUUUGUUAUGCCUUGCAGGAUGGACCUGAUAUACUUGUUUGUGAUGAGGCCCAUGUGAUUAAAAAUACGAGAGCUGAUGUAACCCAAGCCUUGAAGCAAGUGAAAUGCCAAAGAAGGAUAGCGUUAACUGGAUCACCUCUACAAAACAAUCUCAUGGAGUAUUAUUGUAUGGUUGAUUUUGUAAGGGAAGGUUUUCUUGGAAGCAGUCAUGAGUUUAGGAACCGCUUCCAAAAUCCCAUAGAGAAUGGUCAACAUACUAAUUCAACUCUGGGCGAUGUGAAAAUUAUGAAUCAAAGGUCUCAUAUCCUCUACGAACAGUUGAAGGGCUUUGUGCAAAGAAUGGAUAUGGCCGUGGUGAAGACGGACUUACCACCUAAAACUGUUUUUGUUAUAGCUGUGAAGCUUUCUCCCUUGCAGAGGAAAUUGUAUAAGAGAUUCCUUGAUGUGCAUGGAUUUACUAAUUACAAGGUCUCUAGUGAAAAUAUAGGGAAGAGAAGUUUUUUUGCAGGGUACCAGGCCUUAGCACAGAUAUGGAACCACCCUGGUAUAUUGCAACUGAAAAAGGAUGACAAAGACUCUGUAAGACGUGAAGACGCCAUUGAAAAUUUUCUUGCAGAUGAGAGCUCUAGUGAUGAAAACAUAGACUACAAUAUGGUUUUCGAAGAGAAGCAGAAGAAUUUGAAUGGGGUUCUUCCUGGAAAAAAUGAUGAUGGCCUUCUCCCAAAGGGCUGGUGGAAUAAUCUUCUUCAUGAAAAAAGUUAUAAAGAGAUCGAUUACAGCGGAAAAAUGGUUUUGCUGCUUGACAUUCUAGCCAUGAGUUCUAAUGUGGGUGAUAAGGCAUUGGUUUUUAGCCAGAGUAUACUAACUCUUGACUUAAUAGAACUUUAUCUGUCAAAACUAUCUCGACCAGGGGAGAAAGGGAAAUUUUGGAAGAAAGGAAAAGACUGGUAUAGGCUAGAUGGUAGAACAGAGAGCUCAGAAAGACAAAAGCUGGUUGAGAGCUUUAAUGACCCCCUAAAUGAGCGGGUGAAAUGCUGUCUGAUUUCAACCAGAGCGGGAUCUUUAGGGAUUAAUCUUCAUGCUGCUAACCGCGUAAUCAUAGUUGAUGGCUCUUGGAAUCCAACAUAUGACCUUCAGGCCAUAUAUCGGGCUUGGAGGUAUGGUCAAAAAAAGCCAGUGUUUGCUUACAGAUUGAUGGCACAUGGAACUAUGGAGGAAAAGAUUUAUAAGCGUCAGGUAACAAAGGAGGGUCUAGCUGCAAGGGUUGUAGAUAGACAACAGGUGCAUAGGACAAUGUCCAAGGAAGAGAUGUUACAUCUCUUUGAGUUUGGAGAUGAUGAGAACCCGGAUAAUUUGACUAAUCUGGAUCACGAGAAUGGUCAUGCAGAAAAACUGACUAUGAGUGCUAAAGUUGGCAUUCUUCCCAAGCAGAAAAUGCCUGCUACGUCUGGAAGUUGCUCUUCUGACAAGCUGAUGGAAAGUUUGCUUGGCAAGCAUUCUCCGAGCUGGAUAGCUAAUUACCAUGAACACGAAACCCUUCUGCAAGAGAAUGAAGAGGAGAAACUAUCGAAGGAGGAGCAAGACAUGGCUUGGGAAGUGUACCGGAAAACAUUUGAAUGGGAGGAAGUACAGCGAGUCCCUCUCAGCGAGACUGCAACAGAGCAAAAUCAACCUGGAUCAAAAGAUGCGCCAGAGGAACCUGAUACGAGCAGCUUUCGGCGGUCAAACAUGAGGAACCAUGUGGUGCCGAGGAAAUGCACUAACCUGGCUCAUAUGCUGACCCUUAGAAGUCAGGGCACGAAAUCUGGUUGCAGUACUGUGUGUGGGGAGUGCGCACAGGAGAUAAGUUGGGAGACCCUGAAUCGAGAUGGCAGAACAUCAAAGUGAAGAAAUUCAUAUUAAAAUUCUUUCACGGCUUAGUCUAACGUUGAUUGAUUGGUUUUUGUUGUAUAUAGCCGCUGCGUCGAGUUCAAUGUCCUUUUGAACACAAAGUUGACUAAUCUUUUUCCUCACUUUCUUUUGAGGGGGAAGAUUACAGGUUUUCUUUUGGAAAGGUACAAAAAAAAAAAACGGUAGAGUGGUCGUGCGGGACGAGAAAGGUGUUGUAAUUUAUACAUAUGAUUGUGAAAUUGGAAAAUCAGAGCAUAAUAGUCUCCCAUUU